ACUGUGCCAGUCUGGAAAAACCGCGACGUCACGGAACAUAUUCAUGAAUAUUAACCGGAGUGUCGGAUUAUUGCUAUUCGUGAGCGUUUAAAGCGCUUAUGUUUGUUGAAGACGUCUUUUAAUCAGGCCUAGCAGAAAAUGAGACUUCGCUCGAGAAAUAUUUUGAAUGAAAACCCAACGACACCCUCCCGCCGCCGUCGAGCCGCUACAGAGCUGGAUGUAACGUUACCACAGACUCCGUUGGCCCAGACACCGGAUGAGAAUGAGGUAGACGUUCUUCAGGACUGCUCUAAUCUGGACCCCGAUCAUGUCCCAACAGCGGCCAAACGUCCACGCAUUAAACAUGGAAGGAGAAAAGAGUUAUUAACUGAUGACUGUAAAGAAUCUGAUUUCAAGACACCCCUUCGUCACCUCCGGGAACGACAUUCUUCAUUAAAUCCUGCCGCUCGAAGCCUUUAUUCUCCUGCCGUGCACUUCCUCACACCUCCAAAAGACAGUGAACAGUCCACCUGUGGUGCACUCUUCAGUCCUGAACACCGUGUGUUUGGCUACAGUGCCGUGAGCCCUCUCUCAGAGGAUGACGAGAACGAUGAAGUCUUCAGCCCUUUCACGUUUAUCAAGAACAUACCAAACCGAUCACAGCAGUCCAGACCCAUCUCAGCGGUGCGAGACAUUCCACCCAAGACCAGGAGCACACCUGCUUCUACCCUUGUGCUUGAUUUGGAUGAAACCCUCGUAUUCAGUUCACUCAAUGUGAUUCGUGAUGCUGAAUACACAUUCAACACCCGCUUUCAAGAUCACAAAUACAAGGUCUACCUGAUCCUCAGGCCAUAUGUGAAAGAGUUUCUGCAAGCCAUGACGAAACAUUUUGAGAUGUUCGUUUAUACCUCUGCUAAGAAAGAAUAUGCAGAAAAGAUUAUGGACAUCUUGGACCCUAGCAAAAAGUUCUUCAGACAUCGUUUGUAUCAGGACGACUGUGCUUGUGUGCUCGGACACUAUAUUAAAGACUUGAACGUGCUGGAGAGAGACCUGUCGAAAACCGUCAUCCUAGACAAUGCCCCUCACACUUUCCCUUACCACCUGAUGAAUAUGAUUCCCAUAAAGAGCUGGAAUGGAGACAAAGAGGAUCGCGAGCUGCAAAAACUCAUCCCGUACUUGGAGAAACUAGUGCAAGCGGAUGACUUUAGAAAUGUUCUGAAGAAGAGAACUGACCACUUUCACAGGCUGCUUACUGAAGACUGAAUCUUUGCAUAAACAGAAAGUCAAUUCACAAGCUAUAUGCUAGCUAGAGCUAAAUGUGUUGUUGUCAUGAUGGUCAGCUGGUGUUCUGACUCUCUCGUGCAGAUUAGGGCUAGAAUCUUUAAUUUAUUAAUAAACCUCGAUCUUUGUACAGGUUUGUGCUAUUGGAGUUUUUUUUUUCUUUUUGCAUUUUACACUGUAAACAGUGUUGAUUCAUUUGUGUUGUGCAUCGAAGGCUAUUUUAAGGUAUUUUUGGUAUUUUCAAUAACCAAUAAAAUAAGAAAAACACGUGUUUUUCUUUAAAACGUG